AGGGUGUGCUCAAUCCGGUUCGGUGGGAUUUGACUUCUAUUUAAAGUACAAACACGAAGGAAUUCUUCAAUCAUUUUCAAAUUUGAAGAUCAACGUAUCUACUGGUGAAGACAUCUACAGACAUGGAGAGUAAGCUGAUGAUUUUAGUGGUUUGUAUGAUUGGCUGUGCAGUGUCUUGCAUUAAGGCUCAUGACUACCCAUCAACAAAUUUGACUUCCAAAAUCACCAACAAUGAGUGUGGAAAAACCAAACAGUGUUUGGACAGCCCUGAAGGAUGUGAUCCUUCGGGUAGCUCUCAGUGUUUCUUCACCUCAGUUACCUUAACUAACAUCAGCAUCACGGUUGAGCUCAGUGGCAGCUCUACCGGUUACAUCGCUUUAGCAGCUGGACUGACAUCUAAUGUGUCUCAGAAUCACAAUAUCAUCUUUGUCUGUGGCAAUAAUGGCAGUUUUUUCUUCCGAACUACAAGGCUCUUCAGUAAUACACUGGAGAUCACAAAUACACCUAAUGUAACCAAUAUCCAGGGUUCCAUACAGUCAAGCUUGAUUCAGUGUGUUUUCAGCAUCCCCAUUGAUGAAAAAAUCACACCCUACCUAAGCUAUGUCAGCGGCUCACAUUUCAACGCCAGCGACAUUGCUAACUCCCACAUUCCCGUAUUCCUUGACAUCUUUAAUGGUUCAACAAAUGGAACUGAGCUGGGAACACCAACAAGUGUACUUCAGUCGUCUGUCCUGGUUAAUCUAACCAACGUGAAUUCUACUAAUGUUGUAAUCACCCCAGCUAGCACCCCAGCUAGCACUCCAGCUAGCACCCCAUCUAGCACUCCAGCUAGCACCCCAGCUAGCACCUCAGCUAGCACUCCAGCUAGAACCACAGCUAGCACCCCAGCUAGCACUCCAGCUAGAACCACAGCUAGCACUCCAGCUAGCACCCCAUCUAGCACCCCAGCUAGCACCUCAGCUAGCACUCCAGCUAGCACCCCAGCUAGCACUCCAGCUAGAACCACAGCUAGCAUUCCAGCUAGCAUUCCAGCUAGAACCACAGCUAGCACCCCAUCUAGCACCCCAUCUAGCACUCCAGCUAGCACCCCAGCUAGCACUCCAGCUAGAACCACAGCUAGCACCCCAGCUAGCACUCCAGCUAGCACUCCAGCUCAUUCAAAUGCCAGCAUCUCACUCACCAGUCAUGGAACUGAGCUGGGAACACCAACAAGUGUACUUCAGUCGUCUGUUCAGGUUAAUCUAACUGAUGUGACUUCUACUAAUGUUGUAAGCACCCCAGCUAGCACUCCAGCUAGCACCACAACUAGCACCACAACUAAGACCACAACUAAGACCCCAGCUCAUUCAAAUGCCAGCAUCUCAUUCACCAGCCUAUUGAGUCAUGCUGCAAUUUGCUUUCUUAGCAUCUUCUUGCAUCUGAUCUGAUGAGACCCGAGAGAGACCUGAGGACUAAUCAUGCUUUAGAGUAGUAUAUGAAUAUGUAGUAACGUUGACAUGUUUGCCAAAAAUAUUCUUAUUUCUAUUGGCUUCUUUCCUUGUCUGAUUCUUGAUUAUUCACAAAUACAGUCAAACCAAAAUUUAGUCAGACACCUUGAACAUUUCAUUCAUCAAUACAGUUUAUUCACUAUAGUUUAAAAAAAAAAGGUAAUAAAAAAUGACAAGAUCUCAGAGUUAAACUGUCAGAAAAAAAUAAUCUUAAUUAUGUCAGAUAACACUUAAGCAAAACAUGGUCAGGUCAAAGUGUCUGAAUAAUUUUUGGUUUCAAAUUUUUAUCAAUUUUAAUGGUAGUCCACUGUAUAAAGAAUUUUUGGGUAUAAUAUACCACAGUUUACCUUAUUUUACUAUCCUCACUUACAUAGUGUCUUCUACCCACUAGUCAAAAUAUAUAAAAAAUGUCUGGUUCAAAAUGUUUUGGUUUGACUGUAUAUAAAAAACCUACUUUUAAUUGACAUAUACAUGGUGUUAGGUAUGUUAUCCACAUAAAAAUCCUACUUUUUUUGUUGUGGUGUUUUAAUGAUUUUCUAACAUUGUUUACUGAUAGUGGAAAUGAUCAAUUUAAUGAAAAUUUAAACUUGUAUUUUGAAAACAAUUUGAAGUUAUAUUAAAAAUGAUUUGUUAAAAUAACACAUACAUAAUACAUAUUAUAAAUACAAUUAAAGCACAAUGUUAUUAAACUAAAAA